AUUCAUCCCUCGAAAAUGAUUAAACUUGGUAACAUGAACUCUGUCUCUCGAUCUCCCAUCACAAUAAUAGUAAUAGAAAAAGAAUGAAUCUAAGCUCGAGCCACCCAUAACGCGUGAACCCAUCUCCAUCUUCACAUGCCCACAACAAAACAAACCAUUCAUUUCAAAAUCUACUGAACCCAUUUUUGCUAUAGCCUCAAAUUCUUUAAUCUGCGUCUCUUUCACCAUGACUCUAUCCGGGUACAGUGUCAAUGCAGUAACAAGAGCCAGAUAUUUAGGUUUAACAGUACUUUUUUUACUGUUGCUGGUAGAAGUUCAGUUGGCAUCUUCAGCCAUAAUAAUGAGCAUGAGAAAGCAACAGCAGCAGCACAAGCAGCAGCAGCAGCAGUAUAAUAGACGACCCAUUAAUGGAAGCAAUGGCUGUUCAUUGUUCGUUGGGAGUUGGGUUAAAGAUGAGAAUUACCCUCUUUACCAAUCUUCAAACUGCCCUCUUAUUGACCCUCAAUUUAAUUGCCAGAUGUUCGGCCGGCCCGACUCCGGUUAUCUUAAGUACAGAUGGCAGCCGCUCGACUGUGAGCUCCCCAGGUUCAAUGGGGUUGAGUUUUUGAUGAAAAUGAGAGGCAAAACUGUGAUGUUUGUGGGUGACUCGUUGAGUAGGAAUCAGUGGGAGUCUUUGCUUUGUUUGAUUUUGGCAGCUUUGCCUUCGUCUGCUUCUACUCAAAUUAGUAGAGGAGAUCCUUUUUCUACAUUUAAGUUUCUGGAUUAUGGUGUGUCCUUAUCAUAUUACAAGGCUCCAUAUCUGGUAGAUAUAGAUAUGGUUCAAGGAAAAAGAAUCCUAAAAUUGGAGGAAAUCUCAGGGAAUGGAAAUGUUUGGAGAAAUGCAAAUGUUUUGGUGUUCAACACAGGUCAUUGGUGGAGUCAUCAGGGCUCUCUUCAAGGGUGGGAUUACAUGGAAUCAGGAGGCACCUAUUACCAAGAUAUGGAUCGUUUGGUUGCAUUGGAGAAGGCAUUACGAACAUGGUCCAAUUGGGUCGAUUCCAAUAUUGACGCUGCUACUACUACUGUUUUUUUCCAAUCCAUCUCUCCGACGCAUUACGAUCCUAAUGAAUGGAGCGAUGGAGCGACUACGAGCACGACGAGAAAUUGUUACGGGGAGACGUCACCGAUUAGUGGAAGAAGGAAUGCAGGAGCAUACCCUGAUCAAAUGAGGGUAGUGGAUGAUGUACUUAGGGAUAUGCAUAACCCUACUUAUUUGUUGGACAUUACAAUGCUCUCCGAGCUAAGAAAAGAUUGUCACCCGUCCAUUUACAAUGGCGACCUCAGCCCGGAACAGAGGGCAAAUCCUGGCCGCUCCGCCGACUGUAGCCAUUGGUGCCUUCCUGGAUUGCCUGAUACUUGGAACCAGUUGCUCUACACUGCUUUGUUGUUUUAACUCUAAUUAGCUACUAGUACUAAUUAUUCAUUCUGAGAGGAGGGGAUGCUUAAUUGCAACCCUCAACAUUUUAUAACAUCACUAUAAUUAUUCUUCAGUUAGAUAUCAAAGGUAAAUAAUAUUAUUCGGCAUUACAAAUA